UACGUUGUGAGUGACGUCAGAUGUUUCGUAGGCUAGCAAAAUGAAGGUGCACACGAGGUAGCUCCAUGCCUUGUAGCUGAACGUAUGACAAUGCAUGAAACUAACGUUAAACCCAGCGCAAUAUUUAUUUGUUCGUUUCCUGACUGUCAGGCGUCGUACAACAAAGCAUGGAAGCUAGAAGCGCAUCUCUGCAAACAUACAGGGGAGAGGCCAUUUAAGUGCGAGAAGAACUUGUGCAGCAAAUCGUUCUGCACGAAAUAUCAUCUUGCUCGUCAUACGCUGACACAUACCGGCGACAGACCUUACAAAUGCACGGAGGACGGAUGCAAUGAAGGAUUCACCACAAACUCCAACUUGAAGAAACACAUUUCACGUAUUCAUAGACAAGAGACAAAACAGUACAUUUGCACGUUUGAAGGAUGUGGCAAAGCAUUCAAGAAAAAUAACCAACUGAAAAGCCAUGAGUGUGCACACACCCAGCUGCUACCGUUCUUGUGUUCACAUGAAGGCUGUGGGAGACGGUUUUCACAACAUGGUAAACUGAAGCGUCAUGAGAAGGUACACAAAGGCUAUUCUUGCACUGUGGAGGGCUGCUCAUUUGUGGGAAAGAACUGGACAGAGAUGACAAACCACAAAAAAGUUCAUAUUGUCAGGGUACAGUGUGAUCAGUGUAAGAAAACAUUCAGGGAUAGCUGGUUCCUGAAGCAGCAUCAGCAUGUUCACUCUGAAGAGCGCAUGGUGUUCCACUGCCCCAGAGAUGGAUGUACCCGCUCGUACACCACUGCGUUCAACCUGCAGAGCCACAUACUGUCUUUCCAUGAAGAGCAGCGCUCCUUCAUCUGCACUCACCCUGGCUGUGGCAAGUCCUUUGCAAUGAAGCAAAGUUUACUGCGCCAUGGUGUGGUUCAUGAUCCUGAAAAAAAACAGCUGAAACCCCGCCCAAAACGCUCCCUGGCAUCCCGUCUGAGUGGCCACAAACCAAAAAACAAACGUCAAACAAAAACUUCAAAUUCAGGUGCAUCUUCAGUGCCACAAAAUAACCAAUCAGAAACUACUUUGAAUCCUCAAUUAAUUGUUCUUUAGCAGAAGCAAGCCGAAGGACACACAUGGCAGCACGACCCCCACGAACCACAGAAGGUUUUGAUACAAAGCCAACAGGCACUGAUAUCCUCUCCACCAUCUGGGUUAAGACUUUGUCCUGUUUAGAAGGGGGAAAAAAAGAAAAUCCUCAAAUCUACUAGGUAGUAGAUUGUACCUGUGUCCAUUUUCAAAGCAGCACUGCACGGUUAAUUUAAUAGUAAAUGCAGUUGUUGUGUCGGUUGUACAUAUAUAAAAUGAAUUUGUGUGUAAAUAAACAGUGUAAACUGUG